AAACAGGUUCCUGAAGUUGUAUCUGACAACAAGAAUAAAAUAAACUCGGAAUUGGAGAAGCUUAAAGAGGAAAAUAAGCAGCUCAUUGAAGAGAAUGGACAUAUUAUUGAGUCGAAGGUGCUUCUCUUGAAAGAAAUGGAACAGUUUGGAGAGGAAACUGAAAAGCUUAACGAGCUGAAAGAGCAGCUUGAGAAUGAAAAUGAGCAGCUCAGACAAGAAAAUAUGCAGUUGUUGAAAAAAAGUAAAAAUGAAAAUAACGAAAAUCACCCAGAUUGCUUGUCGGCCGAACUUAAGAAAGAAAUUGAGAGGCUUAUAAAAGAAAAAGACCAGCUUGAGUAUGACAAAGAUCAGUGUGCAAAAGAAAAAGAGCUGCUCGAGCAGGAAAAGGAGCAGCUGGAAGAUGACCUACUUGAAACUAAUGAGGAAAACGAAAGGUUCGUUGCUGAAAUCCAAAAUAAGAAUUCACAAAUUUCAGAGUUAAAGAAUAGGCUUGACUCUCUGAGAAAUCAGAUUGCUGAUAACUUAAAAGAAAUGAGAACCCAGACUGAAACUAUAACUGAACAAGAACAAGAAAUCAAUGCUUUGACCGCCAACAUAAAGAAACAGACUGGAGACGGAAGUGAAAUUGAAAAAUUAAAAAUUCAAAUCAAUCAAUUUGAAAGUCAACAAAGCGACAACUUAAAACAAAUAGUUGAUCUUAAGCGAAAACUUUCCGACGUCAACAACGAACUUCGUGAGACAGAAACCCAGAAUGAAAGCAACGCCCUUAAAAUUGAAAAAUGUAACGAGAUAAUUUCCAACCUUGAAUCCGAGCUUCGAGAAAGAAAUGUCCAGGUUUGUGGAUUUCUGGAUCUACUCAAGAAAGUUAAAUCAAUAAAACAAGCGAGAAAAUCUGAAAGUUUGAUCAACAAUGAUGUGAUUGAUUUAGAAGACGACACCGAGAAUGUUGAUAUCGAUGUUGUCGAUAUAUCUGGAAAACAUGCUGAAGAUGCCUUGAUGGAAUCCAAAGAAAUCCUUGAAUAUAUUCUACAAGAUUCAUCCUGUAUUCAAUCCGAUACGGAAAAACAUCUUGAAUAUGCUGUGCAGCGUGUAGAAGAGCUAGAAUCCCUUCUUGCUGCCUCGUAUCAAGAUCUAGAAACUAAAGAAGAAGAAAUCAACAAUCUCAGGUUGAAAAUGGCGAGCUCUCAGUCUGAUAAGGAAACUGAAAAUAGAAAGAUAAUCGAGUGUGCCAAGAAAAUUGAAAGUUUUGAAACUAAUUAUAAGGUAGCAGACAGUAAUCUUAAGAAAGCGCACAUUUGCAUUCAAGGGUUUGUCAAAGAAAACCUGGCGUUGUCCGAAAAAUUGAAAAAACUGGAAAAAUCCGGUCCCGAUGGAAGCUCUGGUAAAAGAUCACAAUUUAUAAAUCAAGGGAUCGAUCGUGCGCGAUCAAAGUUUGAUGAAUCUUUGAAGAAAUAUCGAGGACGUUAUGACAAACUACGAGGCUACUUGAAGCAGCGUGACACUGUAUGCGAGAUGCUGCGGAUUCGUAUGGAAGAACUUGCGCAUUUUCUGAGUCAACUUCUCGAAAACGGAGAUGAUACGUUGAACAUGAGUGCACUCAGUCUAGAUAUCAGAGAGAGCAUUCAAACCUCGAUUGAGCAAUCUUUUAUUCUAUCUGCAUCUAUAAUCAACACCAAUUCCAUAAUUGAGGAAGAGGUUGAAGUUGAUCUUGAUGAUUUUGACGAUGAAUGGAAAGCUCCUAAUAUCUCCUAUGAAGCUGAUCAAGAUGAAAACGCAAUAGCUGAACCAAAUUUAAGAAGGUUCAGCGAUGGAUCACAUGGAACACUACCCCGGAGAGAGACGGACUCUGUUCUAAAUAAAUCUUGUCCUGAAUGUCAUCUUCAUAAAUCCGGGAAACUCUGCGAGGAAAAUUAUGAGACACUACUUCUAGAUCUCAGGGAUGCGCUAAGGAAGAGAAGAGAGGCUGAGGAUUCAUUACAAUUGAAGCAGACUGAGUUGGAUAGAUUAAAUGUAGAAUUAGCGGCCGCAAAAAGUGAAAUAAAAACCUCCAAAUCGAGAAACUGUGACGGGGAGAACAUUAAUAGUUUUGAAUUCCUUCGUCCCUCCACCCCUCUGGAGAAGGGGUCCCAACCGUCCUUGCUCCCUGUCCCUACCAGGACGGAUGGAUCUGGGUCCUUGAGAAGAUCUCCGUCCUUGCCUUGUAAACUCCGGAGAUCAAGUUCUCUUCCUAGACCUAGAUUAAGUAGUAAAGAUUCUGAUUCCAUAGUUGAGGUUGGAGCUGUAAAACUUGUUUCAAGAAUUCCUCGCUUUAAGGAGUGGGGCGGACCGGGGAGGUAG